GUUGUCACCCAAGCACGGUGUACCAUCCUCGGUCGGAUGAAUCACGCCGAGCCGGCCUCACCCCGAGUUUCCUUUUUCGCUGGAGAUUUUCACCGAGGAAAUUCAAAUUUCGGAAAAUGUGGAAAAGCCAAGACUUCGGAAUCAACCCGAUCACCUGCCACGCCUGGAACAAGACAAGCACACAACUGGCUCUUAGUCUGAACAACAACGAGGUCUAUAUAUACCAAAAGGGCUCGAGUGACUCGUAUCUUGAUUGGACGCUUAUCGAUGUCCUUGACCAGCACAACUUGAGGGUGACUGGGAUCGACUGGGCACCUGAGACCAACCGAAUAGUCACGUGCGCCGCUGAUCGUAAUGCAUAUGUCUGGACGCAGACGGAGGACGGCAAGUGGAAGCCGACGCUCGUAUUCUUGAGAAUAAACAGGGCUGCUACUUGUGUCAAAUGGUCGCCGAAGGAAAACAAAUUUGCUGUUGGUUCCGGUGCGAGGUUGAUUUCAAUAUGUUACUUCGAAAGUGGGAAUGACUGGUGGGUGUCGAAACACAUCAAAAAGCCGAUUCGAUCGACGGUGACCUGUCUAGACUGGCAUCCAAACAACUACCUCCUCGCCGCCGGUUUUGCAGAUUUCAAAGUCAGGGUUUACUCAGCGCUCGCGAAAGAGAUUGAAGGGUCUGACAUCCCGCCAAGUAAAUGGGCGAACAAAACAACUCUGGGGACGAUGGUAGCUGAAUUUUCCAACUCACCUUUUGGAGGUGGAUGGAUACGGGGUGUGUCAUUUUCACCUGAUGGCAAUAAAUUAGCCUGGGUCGGUCAAGACUCAUCGAUCUGUCUCGUCGAUAUUACAAAAGGUCUUCAAGUACAAAAAGUCAAGACGAUUCAUCUGCCCUUCCUCAACUUGAUUUGGGUUGGGCCCAAUUCUAUCGUAACAGCCGGUCAUGGCUGUUGUCCAUUUUUAUACGAACAGAAUACAAAUGGGCAAUUUCAAUACAAGUACAAACUUGACGUGUCAAAGAAGAAACAAGGAGAAAGGCUGAGCGCGAUGAAAAAGUUCCAGAGCUUGGACAGGCAGGCGAGAGUCGAGGCUUGCGACAUCGUGCUCAACACCGUCCACCAGAAUGCGAUAACAUGCCUGCAGAUCUACGAGGGAAAGAGGGGAAACACUGUCAAACUCUCGUCUACGGGUAUAGACGGCCAGCUUGUAAUCUGGGACUUAAAAGAAAUUGCUCAGCACAUUGCCAACCACGGUGGCGGGGAGGAAGAGAACGAUAUUAUGGAUAAAGCAAUUACUUUUGGAGAGAACGACAACUGAUAACCUAUCUGGUAAACCAUUUAAACAAUGAAUGUAUUUAAUCUCGUACGUCAUAUUAUUUUUAUCGAAUACUUUUCUUUAAAAAAAAAAAAAAUGCUUUUUUAAAGGCAGUUUUUUAUUUUAUUAUGAUUUUUUUUUUAAUGCAAAAAAUAACCAAACUGUCUACAUGAUAUGUACAUAUAUUUGUUUUAAUGUGUAAGAUUUAUAUCUUUGUCGCAAGGAAACAGAACUAUAUCAUUUAUUAUUUUCAAUCUUUGUCGUUAAAAACCAGCCGAUGACACAGUUGGAAAAU